GCAAUCUCUCACAUUCACGCCUCAACAAUCUGUACGCGUACACAGGAGCCGUUCUACAGCUAUCAUUGGGUGGAUGACCACAUUAGCGUGGUGCGCGCUUUUCCAGGUGUAUGUGAGGAAUCUGAACGAUCGCUUCGCCUGGCAAUGGCAAUUGUUUUUGGUCCAUCGGCAAUCAACGAGACCAAAUUGACAGGCUGGCACCAGCGGCUCAAAGUCCUAGGACUAGAGUUCGAUUCUGGUACCCGCACAGUCUCCAUGCCUUACUCGAAGAUCACCAAAGCUCGUCAAAAGGUGCACGCGACCAUGAACGCUACUGCUAUCACACGUACGGAGUAUCGUUCAUUGCUGGGCUCUCUACGGCAUGUAGCCACAUGCGUUCGACCGGCUCGCACUUUUCUACAACGGCUUCGGGCGGCGGAGGUUGGACAUCCCCGAUCACACCGCGUUCCCGUUACAAGUCAAGUGAUCGACGCCUUGAUGUGGUGGGAAUUGAUUUUGCAGUCAGCCAGCUUGAACGGAGUGCCUCUUCAGUAUUUCACCGACUCACAGGUACCGGACUGUACCGUAUAUGUCGACGCCUCAAACUACGGUCUGGCCGCUAUCGACGUCUCGCGCUGUAAAUAUUUGACUUACGCGUUCACAGCGGAAGAACAAGAUCUAAUAUCUCGAUUCCAAGACGGAGAUCCCAACGGGUUUGAUAUUAACUUUCGAGAACUGCUCAACCUCGCGUUCGCAUUGUUUGCAUGGGGCUCAGAAUGGUCACACCCGCGGUCCUGUAUACCUACGCACGUGCGCUUCCGAAUCGAUAAUACUUCCGCAGUGGCUUGGCAAUCAAGGUUUUCGAGUCGCAACCCACGGGCGCGGACGAUAUUGCGGCUCCUCGCACUCUGGGAAGUCACGUACAACCUCCACUUCUCCUCACAGCACGUCGCAGGCCGAUCGAUCAAGUUAGCGGACAUGGGGUCCCGCAUCACGCAAGAUCCUGCGGUGGCUAACAGUUUCAGAAAACUAACUUCGUCUUGGACUGCAACACAGUACCGACGAGCUUUCGCAGAAUGGACGGAAUUGUGCGCUACGAUUGGCAUCGACCCUUACUGCGGCAGCGUUGGCCAGCAAACUUUCAUCGACACCAUUACACGAUUUAUUUUUCAAGCGUACGAACGCGGCUUACGCAGCAGCUCAAUUUCGGGACUACUGCACGGCGUUCAACAUUUUCUGAGUGCGGCCGGUGCUCCAUCCGUAUUCGGCCAUGCUCAGAUCCGCAUGCUACUCAAGGGCAUCCGUCGUCUUGAUUCCCUUCCCAGCAGCAAAGCUCCAAUCGCGUCAAGCGGCAAGGCAUUUCAGUGGUUCGCUCUCCGAGACGAAGAUGUUGCCAUCUUAGACGGCCAAGGCAAUCCAACCAUUCGACCAGACCAAUCCGACAAGGUAGCAAUCCGACUACGCGGCUCCAAGGCCAAUCAGCACGGAAGCCCGACCAACCGGAUACUCGCGAGAUCAGGCCACCCGUAUAUCUGCCCCGUAUUUGGCGCCCUGUGUUUGAAGCACUUCCGAGGACCUGCCCAGCCAUCGACGCCCAUAGCCCUCUUCGUGACCCCAGACGGUCAGCAGCACACAGUUUCGGCAGCCAGAAUCAAGUUUGCGCUUCAGCAUGCUGCCCACAGACUGGGCCUCCAGAGCAAGGACUACACCUCACACUCGCUACGAGCUGGCGGUGCGACUCAGAUGUAUCGACGCGGUAUCAGCGCCCUCACUAUCAGUUCCACGGACACUGGGUAUCGGACGCGUUCAAGGUUUACAGAAGACUGA